UGGAUGCAGACACUCCACAACUCAUUAUAUUACAUCACAAAAAUGACUGUCAUUCAUAAUAUGUGUUAUCAAAAUUUAAACUCUUCCAUGAUGCUGAGUGAUAGAAAGUAAGUAGGGUUUUGGAAUAGCUCUCUCUCUAUAUAUAUAUACACACAUUAUAUAGCUAGCGAGGUAUAUAGUGUUGGAAGCAAAGGGUGCAUGGUGGGAUCUCACUUGGUUUUACUGUGUGCGACUAACAACACUCUAUGCUCAAAACAAUUAAGAGAAACAUGGAUGAGGGUCAUGCGCUUUACAACAACAAAAUCCAUAUCAGAGAAUAUAAGGAAGAGAGAGAUAUUGAAGUUGUAGAAAAACUUGAGAAAGUUUGUGAGACAAUAGAAUCAUGCGGUAAAGGAAGAAAUGCACCAAUCAUUACUAACAUUAUGGGCGAUCCUUUGUUUAGGAUUAGGUUCUACAAGUAUCAUGUUUUGCUGAUUGCCGAGAAGGGUGAAAAUGGGGAGGUUGUUGGCGUAAUCAGAGGAUGCAUCAAGUAUAUACGCUCUGGUGUUGAUCAAGGAACUAACAGUAGUACUGUCAAGAUGGGUUGCAUUCUUGGGCUUAGAGUCUCUCCGAAACACAGGCGAAACGGAAUUGGUUUGAAACUAGUGAAAUGUGCUGAAAAUUGGGCAAUUCAAAAUGGAGCACAUUAUACUUGCAUGGCUGCCGAGGAAGACAACAUAGCAUCAACAAAUCUUUUUGUACAUAAAUGCAAUUACGUUAAGCUAAGUCCGCUAAUAAUAUUCACUCAACCAAUUCAUUCUCGUACGAAAGAAAAAUCUUCUAGCAAAAUUAUCAUACAGAAGUUGAGCGUAGAGCAAGCAAUUUCUUUGUACAAGACCCAGUUUGGAUCCAAACAGUUGUUUCCAGUAGAUGUUGAUGCAAUACUGAAACAAAAGCCUAGUAUUGGAACUUGGGUAUCAUUUUUCAAGGAUGAAAAUUGGGUUGGUCUGAAUGGUAAAGACAAUAGUAGUAGCAGUCAUGAUGAAUUCAUCGAAAAGGCUCCGGGGUCUUGGGCAAUGAUAAGUAUAUGGAAUAAAACUAGAGAUAUUUAUAAGUUAAAAAUCGGAAAGCGGGACACUUCUUUUUUGCAUUGCUUCAAUGGAAGUAGUAGGCAAUCUUCAUUGUCAAGAGGUGGCAAAGUCUUUCAUUGUUUUAGAAAAUCAAUUUUCAGUUUAUUAGGCCGAAAAUCAUCAGGAUUCAUUUUCGUGUAUGGGCUUCACGGGGAAGGAAAAAGAGUGGGAGAAUUGAUGCAAUCUUUAUGGAGGUUUGCACACAAUGUGGGUAAAAAUGUUAAAGAUUGCAAGUUGAUCAUUACAGAAUUAGGUGUUGAUGAUCCACUCAGAGAACAUUUACCGCAAGGACCAUCAAUGUCAUUCACUAAUGAUGUUUGGUACUUGAAGAAAGUAAAUGGGUCAACCAGCGAAGAUGCAAGUGGUGGUGAUGAAAUGGAGUCUUUGCUAAAUAAAAAACCACUAACAAAUUUGUUUGUUGAUCCAAGAGAUUUCUAGCUAGCUUUUAUAAUGUGCCAUAAGCAGAUUCUUCUUAGUCGGAGGGCAAGAGAGGAAUCACUAGAAUAGUUGUAAUAAUUUUACUUGAACCAAUUGAAAAAAUGCUCAUACUCGGUAUUCUUUAUUUGGUGUAUGACACAAAUUCGAGCUCAAUUACUAAAGGGUGUCCAUUUGGAUAUAAAAGCCUAAAAGCAUGUAUGCCUUGU